UACUUUGAUAGCUUACUAGCUAGUAUAGAUAUACACAUAUAUAUCUAGUGUAUGCUAGUAGUUGACCUUGUUCGGUGCCAGGUAAACCGGUAAAACAUGUUGCUUGGCUUGACACCGAGUCGACGGUUGCUGUCUCACCGACAUUGCCUCCUGCAGUCUCGCAGCAUUAAAUCAGAAAACACCGCCAGAAGUACUGCCCUGGACAGCGUGCUCUCUGCGUUCAGGUCUAUAUGUGGAGAGGACGGCGUCUCAUUGGGUGAAGCUGUCAGACAGCAACAUGGCAAAGAUGAGUCUGUACACAGAUGUUGUCCCCCAGAUGUGGUGGUGUUUCCUCGUUGUGUGGAGGAGGUCAGCGCCCUGGCCAAGGUCUGCAGCAACCACCGCCUUCCCAUCAUCCCCUUUGGCACUGGAACCGGCCUGGAGGGAGGGGUCAGCGCAGUCACGGGUGGUGUGUGCUUCAGUCUGAGGAACAUGGACCAGGUUCUGGACGUCCACCAGGAGGACUUUGACGUGACGGUGGAGCCUGGUGUGACUCGGAAGGCCCUCAACGCCUACCUGCGAGACACCGGCCUAUGGUUUCCUGUUGAUCCCGGGGCCGAUGCGUCUCUGUGUGGCAUGGCUGCCACGAGUGCGUCUGGUACCAAUGCAGUGCGUUAUGGAACUAUGAGGGAAAACGUUCUAAACCUGGAGGUGGUUCUGGCUGAUGGGAACAUCAUACACACGGCCGGAAAGGGCCGACGUCCCAGGAAGACAUCCGCAGGAUACAACCUGACCAACCUGUUUGUGGGGUCAGAGGGCACUCUGGGGAUCAUCACUAAGACUACGUUGCGCCUGUACGGCAUCCCAGAGGCCAUGGUGUCGGCCGUCUGCUCUUUCCCCUCUGUGCAGGCUGCCGUAGACAGCACAGUGCAGAUCCUACAAGCAGGAGUACCCAUCGCUCGCAUCGAGUUUCUGGAUGAUGUGAUGAUUGACGCGUGCAACAGGUUCAGCUCUCUGUCCUACCCCGUGACCCCGACUCUGUUCCUGGAGUUCCACGGCUCCGAGCGAAGCCUCGAGGAACAGGUCCACACAGCUGAGGACAUCACUCAGAGUAAUGGUGGUUCCGAUUUUCAGUGGGCUCGAGAUGCAGAAACUCGGAACCGGUUGUGGAAAGCUCGCCAUGACGCCUGGUAUGCUGCUCUGGCUCUCAGACCUGGCUGCAAGGCUUACUCUACAGAUGUGUGUGUCCCUCUGUCUCGACUGCCUCAGAUCAUAGUGGAGACAAAGGAGGACCUGAUUGAGAACAGGCUCACAGGUCCCAUAGCGGGUCAUGUGGGUGAUGGUAACUUCCACUGUCUGAUGGUGGUGGACCCCAACGACCCAGAGGAGCAACGCGAGGUCCACCUCUUCACAGAGAGACUGGCCAGGCGAGCACUGGCCAUGGACGGAACAUGUACAGGGGAGCACGGAGUGGGCUUGGGGAAGAAAGCGCUGCUGUGUGAAGAGAUGGGACCCAUGGCUAUCCAGGUCAUGCAGCGUCUCAAGGACACGCUCGACCCAAAGAACCUGAUGAACCCUGGGAAAGUUCUGCAGCCCAGGGAACUAUAAACUGCAUUGGAGUCUGAGGGAAAGUCACUAAACAGAGAAUGAUGUCAUGAUCGGCUUGAUCAGAGACUGAUGUCACAAUGAGUUGGCACUUUUAGAGCAUAUUGCACUUGAAGUAUUUCCUGUUAAAACAGGACUUCUGGAUGAGGCAUAACAGGAAGGGAUUACUCUAGUAAAAAAAACAAUAGGAUAUUAGUUAAGGCUGUGUUAAAUAAUCUAUUCUCCAAUUAAAAUCAAUGUUUUUUUGAGUGAUCUGAUAUCGAUGUAUAAAAUCCAGAAAUCAACCUUUCAAUUUAUAUGCCUUUUCACCAUAAAUGUACAGUAUAAGUAAAAGGUACUUGAAUCAAACGUUUUGGUGGUCAAUUCCUAAUGUAAACAUUAACCUGGUGCAUAAUUAAAUAUAUUUGAGUGUUGCUUCUUGCUUGUACAAUGUGCAGCAUAA